UAUGAACGCGGCUUUUGCAGUCUCCAGCUGCCGGCAAAUGUUUCCCUCUCCAUUUAGUGGGAGAUGCCCCGGCUGUAUGAAAAGGAAUAGACCCAGUAACUUGCCACUUCGGCAGAAACUUGCGUUAGUUACCUAGUUCUGGAUUGAAUGUCCGCGAGUAGUUGUCGUAUAUUUGGAAAGAGAGUGUUGAGUUCUCCUGAUGCAAAUUGUCUACGUUUUGUUAUAGGCUCUCUAGAAUACGAUGAGCCCCAGUACGACCGCCUUUGACCAGGAUUGAUAAUGUAGUUGCAGAGAAAAGGCGCCAAAGACUUAAAUCAAUGGACCUAAAUGAAUAUAUCCGGAGCCAAGAUGGUUUAAUUGUGAUUAUUGUAGCCUAGUUAUUUUUUAUGAUCUUCUCGACCUGUUGCUGUCUGAGGAUAGCUGCAAGAAGGAAGUUGGGACAGAGAGGUGGGGGGUGGGUGACAGGCGGGAUGUGCCAUGCUCCAGGAUCACAAUGCAUCUGACACCGAGGUCAACUGUUAAAGGAAGUCUAAUCAAGAAGACCAGUAGAAACAUUAGCAUUGGGCCAUUCAACAACCCAGGGGACAUUACCUGGAGAACAGUUCAGAUGAAAGAUAAUGAUCCAGAAGAAGGAUUUAUGAUUAUCACGUUCAAAAAAACACAGUCCCUCAAGCCUGCAGAAUAUCUGUCCCAAAAGAAGUGGUCUUGUGAGCUUGAGAGAGUGCCAACUUUGGAUAAUUUAAGCAAAGCAAGUAGCCAGGCCCUAGUUGGUGGUGCCCUGAGUUACACAGACACAACUCACUGGUACUCCAGCUCUACAGAGAACCCCCACAGCAUGCUUGUCAGCGCAUUUACAGAGGAGGAGCAUGGUCGCUUCCGUUUAUCUGGGUCCAUUGGGAAGUUAGUCGGCCAGCAGCUGCAACAUGGGAAUGUGGUGCGCAUUGGUACCAAUGGAAACUAUAAAAGUGGUGGAAGUCCUGAAAGGAACAUGUCUAUACAAGCAUUACGUACUGUUGUACAAGAAGCCUCAUCAGAAGCAGUUCCUCUCAGCAUCACCGAUGAACUGGAGAAAACAAAUGCAAAAAUACUCACUCCCAGAUCCCAUUCUGCUUAUUUGUCUCUCCCGAUUGUCAGUGAGACAUAUCCUGUGGUGUUGAAUGCAGGCCGUCAGCAUAAGCCUUUCAGCAGUCCUGGGUUUCACUCUGUGGGUCCUGGACAGGCUGUUUACCAGACCCCCGGGCAAAGAGGUGGCAGGAAUAAUAACUUCCAUUCUGCCAUCGUCCGUAUCACUCAGUCCUUGAAGGACCAGCGCUUGGGGAGAGGCAUGAAAGAGAGGCUAUUGAUGGAGAGGUGCUGUUACUCUCAGAUAUUUCCAGAAACAGCUCCAAACAUGAGGAGAAUGGGGGCUCACAAAGUGAAACCACUCCAGUUGUCUGAUUAUGGUGAUGUUGUCAAGUCUGCCAAUAUGGAGAAAUUCCCUAAACUCAUCACUCAGUGCCAUAACUCAUCACCCUUGGCAGCAAGGACAGCCCCUGCUUACAAGAGACCCUUGGUUCCUGUUAUAACUCCCAGGCAGAAGAGUGCCAUUACUGCUGAUGUUGGCUGUGUGCUGAAUGGAAUGAACCCCAAGCACUGUCCAGAUAUCAGCACAUGUUCCCCAGAUUAUUUCAGGGGGUUGCUGGGCACGGCAAGGAUGAAAACAAACAGUUAUCAGACACCACCACUUUCACAAAAAAGCCCCAACACAAACCCAGAGGACAAGAUGGGCUUCUUGAUCAUUUCAAAGCCAAUUAACUGUAAUAACACAAAUCCGUUUGUUUGCAAGGAGUUUGUUUGCACUAAGGAAGAGAAUCACACAGGACAGACUGAGUUGCCUGUGAGACAGGUAGUUGGUAUAGAAGGCGUAGGCGUGUACGGUGUAAGCUUUCACCUGUCAAAGGCAAAUGGCAGCGCAGAGUAUGAACACCUGACGGAGACCCCUGCGAUGGGAGGAACACCAUCGCAUGCCCCACCAGCUUCUCCUGCACAUCCAUAUGAUCUUGAGAUUCACUCAGGGGCCUCAGAUACCUCAGCAUCUGCUACAGAGAGCAAGUAUGCGUCAGAAGCUGAGGGUGAGGGCAGCGAUUCUGAUGGGGUCCUGAAAACCGGUGUCCCCUUUGACCGACAACAGGCAAUUAGCAUCCCCACUGCAAAAAAUAUGUAAAUCUUUAACUCUGAUGGAAAUCCAUGUAAUUUAAAUACAUUUUGAUGGAUACGUUUAUUAAUCCUCACUCAUUUUAGCCACUUCAUAGUUCUGAACACUCAGUACUGGGACAGCACCCAAUAAAAUAAUCUUUACACAUCAAAAGUAUUUCUGAUAAGUACGUAUUUAUAACACUUCCUUAGCUGUUGUUGU